AUGGGGGACACGGAAGAGACGCCUGCACAGCGGCAGGCGCGAAUUCGCCGCCAGAAGAGAGAAGCCAAAAUUAAUGCGAAUGCGCAGCAGAGACUUGAUAAGAUUACACAACUGAGUGGUCGUACAGCAGAUUCUAUGCGAGAUGAGGCGCCCCCGUCGCCUCCUACCAGUAUCCCCUCCGGGCCUCCAGCAGGACCCAACGCCACCACGACCGCGCCGCCUUUCAUGCCACCUGCGAAUGCCCAAGCCUCAAAUCCAGAACAAGCACGACUUCAAGAAGAAUACCUCCGCGCUCUUCUGAGGGGUCCGGAGCCCCAAGCAGGUGGCCAAGCUCCAGGCCAAGGCCCGCCCGCUCAGGACGAUCCUAUGAUGCAGAUGCUCAGCUCCAUGAUGGCGGGCAUGGGCGGGGAAGGCGCAGAUCCAAAUAAUCCUGGAGGCAUGCCGUUCAAUCCGGACGAUCUCGCAAAGCAGUCAGGCAUACCUUCAUGGGCUACGAGCAUGCUAUUUGGAUCGCAAAAAACCCCACCUACCCCAGCCGAGCAAAGCACCAUGAGAAUGUGGAGGAUCAUCCAUGCGGUUGUUGCGGUUCUGGCUGGAAUAUACAUGGUGUUCACAAUCAGUAAAUCUACGCAGACGUUCGGAGCGGGCCCUCCUGCGCCGGCCACGUUCCAAAACCCAUUCGUUGUAUUCCUGAUGGCGGAAUUAUUACUGCAGAGCUCAAGGGUGUUAACGGCCGGACAGGCGGGAAAACGCGGACCCGGACUGUGGUUUCAGAUGCUCAAGGAAUUGGCCGGCGACGGAGCUAUUAUCGUCUUCAUGCUGGGUGUCGCAAGUUGGUGGACAGAUAGUACAUAA